AUGGCUAUGGUGAAACCCUCGAACAGUAUAGGACCCUGGAGGCUUGGUGAAACGCUGGGAUUCGGCAGCACUGGCAGGGUCCACCUGGCGCAGCACGAGCGCACGGGCCACAAGACCGCCGUCAAAGUGAUUUCGAAGACCAUCUUCAACACCGGAGACGAUGGCGCCGGUCCUUUUGCGUUGCCUUACAACAUUGAGCGCGAAAUCGUCGUCAUGAAGCUGUUGAGCCACCCAAACGUCCUGAGCCUUUACGACGUCUGGGAAACCAACAACAAUCUAUACCUUAUCCUGGAGUACGCGGAGAAAGGCGAGCUGUUCAACUUGCUGGUGGACCGCGGACCCUUGCCCGAAAGAGAGGCCGUCAAGUGCUUCAGACAGAUUGUCAUAGCGAUCUCGUACUGCCAUGCGCUGGGCAUAGUACACCGCGAUCUGAAGCCGGAAAACCUUCUGCUCGACAGUGACUACAACAUCAAAAUCGCUGAUUUUGGCAUGGCCGCUCUGCAGACCGACGCAGCCCUGCUAGAGACCUCCUGCGGCUCCCCUCACUACGCUGCCCCCGAGAUCGUAUCGGGUCUGCCGUACAGGGGGUUUGCUAGCGACGUUUGGUCUUGCGGUGUGAUUCUUUUUGCCCUGUUGACGGGCAGAUUGCCCUUUGACGAAGACAAUGGCAACGUGAGAGAUCUGCUGUUGAAAGUUCAGAGAGGCCAGUUCGAAAUGCCCGAUGACACUGAAAUUUCCAAGGACGCACAGAACCUGAUCGGCAAAAUCCUUGUCGUAGACCCCACACAACGAAUGAAAACAAGAGACAUCCUAACACAUCCGCUGCUGAAAAAACAUCAAACCAUCAAGGACUCGCAAAGUAUCAGAAACCUGCCCCGCGAGAACACGUACUUGUACCCGCUAGCAGACGUAAACAACCAUACCAAUGCCACCAUCGAUGACUCGAUCUUGCAGAACUUGGUGGUGCUAUGGCACGGUACGCCUGCAGACGAAAUCGUAGCCAAUUUGAAAGCCAACGGAACCAACACAGAGAAAACCCUAUAUGCGCUGUUGUACCGUUUCAAACAGGAAGCAAAUAAAAGAAGUCGCCACAAGAUCAAAAAAACUAAAAAUAAAACUAGAAACGCAUUGCUAUCAACAUCAUCGCCAUCAUCACACAACCGACUUUCCGAAUCCACGCCCCGCAGACGUACGGCUAAAAGGCGUUCCGUAAACUUUUCAUCCAGCAAGAAGAGGUCCUCUUUCAUACUCGCCUCCAAUUCCAACAAUGGUUCUCCAAUACCUUCAAGAAGCAGCAAAAGAACUCCGUUUCUCAACACGGCGUCUGGGAACGUUCCGCCAAUGCCAGUGAAACUCUUGAAUUCCUACAAGCGAAAUUCCAAACGAUCAAGCAAAAGACUGUCCUACAUGCCCAAUGUGAAAAGAGGUUCACUGACGUCGAACUCGCUAUCAAAAUAUACCGGCCUGAUAGACGAAGAUGAUUGGGAGUACAUCGAGAAGGACACGAAACGAACAAGCUCGGAUUUCGCUACGCUGAUAGACGAAAUAUUUGAACCUGAGAAAUUCGAACUGGCAAGAAAGGAAAAAGCCGAACUCCAAAGGAAAGUACAAGAAGCCAAGAGACACAAACUAUACAUUGCUAAGACCGACCAAGAAAACGGGGUUGUAACUGGAGAAUUUGAUGGAAUGGGAGAGUUGAAGAAAAUCAAUAAUAAAGUCUCAUCACCCUUGAUGAACUAUGAGUAUUCACAACAGGAACUGUUGCAAGACAUAAACACCUUACUCACCAACCGUUGUCAACUCUCCGCAUACACCAGACCCAUUUCAAAACUAGAUCCCGGUUUGAUGCCCGUACCUGAAACAAUGCCCCACGAUAUAAAGGAAAAAACAGACUUGUUAUUGGACACAGAAAUGAAGAUAUUAGAAACAAUACGCAAAUCCAAAAUUCUAGGCCCGUCAUCAAACCUCAGAAAAGAGGUACCGCAAGACAGAGAUAGGCUGCCACCUGUAGAAGAAUCACCCAUCGUUUCAACAACGCCCUUGAUGUAUAACAACGAUCCAAAAGAAGUCUGCAAGAUAUCCGAUAUUCAAGUCCCACAUUUCACGAGAAAAUCAAAAUUUUUUACCAACACAAAUAACAGGCGGUCUGUGUUAUCUUUGUAUUCUUCGAGACAUUCAUUCAAGGGCUUGAGCCAGCUUUUGGAUAGCGAAGAUCCCAGUACAAACCCGUAUUCACAUAACAGUGGACCAGUGGGUGAAGAAAUUGAUUUAACCGAAGAUAUUGCCAACAUGAAGAACAUCGACAAUAAUAUUAAUAAUAAAAAUAACAAUAAUAGAUUAUACGACGUUUCAGAAAGCGCCAUUUUACUACCAGGAAAUAAUGAUAAUAAUAACGAUGAUGACGAUGUUGUUGCUGAUGAUGAUGAUAAUUAUGAUUAUGACAAUGACAAUGACAAUGACAAUGACAAUGACAAUGACAAUGACAAUGACAAUGACUCACAAUCAAUUCAAUCAUCAAUGUCGAAUAACACAGAACCUACUACAUUUGUGAAACUUCCAUCCUUAAACUCUUUCCAGAGGAAAAACGCCAGUGGAUUGGGUAUUUACCAAAGAGAGCCUUCCAAUAAGUCUUUGCCAGAAGUUGCUAUUAACGUCGAAGACAUUGAUGAAGACGGAGAAAAUGAGAAAGGAAAAGAAAUUCAGUACGAAAAUGUUACCACGACUAUAUCAAACAGCAACAUAAAGAAAAACGUCAACACCAAAGAUACAGUAAGAGAAUCCUCUAACGUUUCAUUCCUGAAGAAGUUCUCCAAGGGUAAAAUUCUAGAGCUAGAAAUACACGUCAAAAUACCGGCCGAGAGACUCUUUGAGGGCCUGCAUAAAUUACUGGAAGGCUGGAAGCAAUACGGAUUGAAAAAUUUGAGAUUUGAUACCCCCAAUAUGAUUAUCACUGGGAAAUUAGUAAAUGACAAUAUCUUAUCCUUAAGAUCCACGCUUUUUGAGAUAAUAGUCUUACCAAACGGAGACGAUCGAAGUUUGAUUAAAUUCAAUAAAAAAACAGGCUCAACCAAAACUCUAAAGAAACUCGGUUACGAAAUUCAAAUCGUUUUACAAAAAGAGGGUGUCUUGGAUAGCUGA